AUGGAUCUUAGGCUUAGUGAUGCUACUAGUAUUGAUUCUAGUCAUAAUAUAAAUGAAGGAAAUUCAACUGUAGGUUUCGCUCAUAGGGCAAUUGAAGGUGCAACUGUUUCAAUUCCAGAAAAUCCAUUAUAUGAUGAUUUAGAUUUACGUGAUGCCAUUCAAAAUCCAUCUGAAGAUAUCAAUUUGGAUUCAAAUUCAUCAAUGAAUCUUCAUCAUAAAAAGUUGUUAAGUAUUUUUCAGUUAGUUAUGAUUAUUAUUUCUUUCCUUCGUUUUGCGAGAACUUACUCUCCUAAAUUGAGAGCUAAGCAUAAAGAGAGGGUUAGGUUGCAGAAUAAAUGGAAUAAUAGGGAUAAAAAGAUGAAUGAUGAUUGGGAAAAGAUGGAGGAAAAAUGGAAUGAAAGGAAACAAAAAGAAAAUAGAGAGAAGGAAGAGUUAAAUAAAAAAAAAGAGGAAAGGAAAAAAAAGACAAGUUAUGAGAUGGAACAAUUUAAUAGGAAAUGGGAUGGAGAAAAUUAUUCUGAAGAGAAAUCCUGUAAAUUUUUGAAUUAUUCGUGCAUAAAUGGAAAAUGUAUUAAGUCCUUGAAUGAACCAAGUACAAGACAGGCAUAUAAUAAAACUGUUAAAAAAAAGAAAAAAAAAAAGGUGCUUUUGGAUAUUAUAGAAGAAAAAUUGAAAGGAAUAUCCUUUAAAAAACCAUUAUCAGAACUUGAACUUGAAAAAAUGAGAAGAGAAAUGCUCUUUCGUCAAGUGGUUGAAUUAAAUGAGAAAUGGAAAAAAUAUGAAGAACAUUGUAUAAUAAUGAGUCAAUGGGAAAAAAACAAAAGAAAAAAAUUAGAAGAAAAAAGAAGAGAAAGAAGAGGAAAACACGAAAAUGAAAUGCUAAAAGAAAAAGUAGAGUGGGAAAAGAGUAUGAGAGAAGAAAAAAAAGAGUGGGAAAAUAUCAUGAGAGAAAAAAAUAAAAAAUGGGAAAAGAACAUGAGAAAAGAAAAAGAGAAAUGGGAAAAGAGCAUGAGAAAAAAAAAAAAGAAAUGGGAAAAGAGCAUGAUGGAAAAAAAUGAAAUGUGGAAAAGAGAUGAAAAUAUAAAAGUUAAUGAAGAAGAAAGUAGGUUGAAUUUAAAGUGGAAAAAAGAAUUUGAUAAGAUAAAAGCAUAA